UUUCCUUAUUUAAGACUAGAAUCUCUUCAAGUCCAGAACAGAAGAUAAAGAAAGAAAGAACAGAGAGAAAGAAAGUGAGAAGACUCUCUAGUUGAUCCCGAAGGUUUCAAAAAAGAUAAUCAUGGACGCUUUUGAUGCGAUUCCUAACCAUGUGGUCAUCGACAUUUUGAACAAAGUCGCUGACGUCAAAACGCUGAUACGAUGUCGUUCCGUCUCGAAACGAUUCAACUCGCUCGCUGCUCAGUCAGACUCGCUCCUUCUCCAGCUCGAUCAGAUCUUCGCCGCCGUCGAGUCGGAGCCGGAGGUUAAUUCUCCGGUGGCUAACUUCUUCCGUUCGAUCUUCAAAUCCAUCCUCCCGAUCUUCUCCAGAUCCGCUAAACCGGCCGAGACUCCGAAAUCUCCGGCUCAGAUUCUCGCCGGAUUUAACCGGAUCCGGAACCUGGACGUGGAGCUAUACGGCGGCGACGCCAAUCUCGAGAAAGGCGCCGCCGUUAAGUGGAAAGCGGAGUUCGGAGAAACUCUCAAGAGCUCCGUCAUCGUCGCUUUCCGAUCAGCGACGGUCAACGCAUCGGCAACAGAAUCUCCGGUCAACGCUGUGGAGACCGAUUCGGAGUUCGUCUGCGGUUUAAAGACGCGCGUGGUGUGGACGAUCAACGCGCUGAUGGCCGCCUCGACGCGCCACCACCUGAUGAGAGACUUGGUGAAGGAGCACAAGGAGAUGGAGAGGUUAACCGUGCGCGACAGAGACGAGGAAGGUACGGUGGUGAUGAGCGCGGCGGGGAUGAAAGAGUACAGAGAGGCGGAGGCGCGUGUGGACGAGAAAGGCUUAGGACUAGAGCGCGUGAGGGAUCGCACGGAGGUGCCCAACGUGAGGAUGAGCAUGAGACACGCGCCGAUGCUGAAACUGAAGAGCGGGAUCUGUCUCGAGGCCGCGACGCUCGUGGUCGUAAGGCCGAGUGGCGUGACUUCCGAUGAUAACGAUGCUGAGCUGGCGACGGAGGCGUUCGCCGCCGAUUGUAUGUACGGAGAAGCCGUUACGGCGUUGCUUAAGCGUAGGAGAAAUGUGUUAGAGAUGAAUUCCUUCUAGAAUUAAUAGAAAGGCCCAAUGGGCUUUCGUUUGCUUUGGCCUUUUUAUGUAUAGUGUAUACCGACAGCACCGUACGAAGCCAUCUGUACUUGAUGGCGUACGACUUUGGUCAAACUCGAAUUAUUACAUUAAUAGAAUAUGAUUACCACAUUAAAUGCGUUGUUUCGGUAGAGUACAAACAAAUAGUUGUAUUUAAUUAUGUAAGAUUCCCUUUUUG